UUGUUUAUGCCUGGUCAAUAACAGAAUAUUUGAACUAAUCAACAUUAUUAAUGAUACUGAUUUGGAAAGCAUGACCGCGAUCCAAAAAAAGUAAAUCAGAAACAUGAUGGAUAUAGAAUCAGCUGUUGUCGUUAGAGUUUUUGUCAAUUAUGUUGACUCGUUCACUAGUAAUGCAAUCAGCAAGGCUUUGUCUUUAGCUGCAUUAAAUCCUCUAACAGUUAAUCAAGAUGAAGAGGCAAGUGGAGAACCUCAGCCUAAGAGUACCUUUCAAAUUUUUGGAACAUUGAAGAAUAAAAGUAAUAAAAAACCUGAUUGGGUCACUGCAAUAUUUGAAAAUGAAACUAAAGAAGAGUUAUUUAUUCAGCUGAAAGAAUGUGAUGUUUUUAUUUAUGAUAUCUUUUCUAGUUCAUCACAAGUUGAAGAAGCUAUAUGGUUGGUAACAGCCUUAACAGCAGAAAUUUCCAGUUUUACAACACAAAAAGUUUUUAUAUGUAUCUCUACAGUUUUAACAUGGUCAAAGACAAAACCAAUUGAUCCUGAAGAUCCAGAAGUUCCAUUUACUGAAGAUGAUUACCGUAAAAGAAGAUCCCAUCCAAAUUACAAGUCACAUUUGAAUUGUGAAAAGUUAGUGAUAAAAAAUGGAAAAAUAAACAAAUCAUUGUUUAUGACUUACGUAGUUAUUGCUGGAGUUUUAUAUGGAUUAGAAGAAAAUCUAUUACAUAUACUUUUUAAGCAAGCAUGGCUUGGAGGAGAAAAAGGUUUACCUGUGUUUGGCACUGGCAAAAAUACUAUUCCAAUGAUACAUGUUAAUGAUUUAGCUUCUGCUGUCCGUAGCAUUGUUGAAUUAAGACCUAGUGUUCGAUAUUUGCUUGCAGUUGAUGAAUCUAAAUCAUCACUUGAAGAAGUUACAAGGGCCAUCUCAAAGAACCUGGGAAACAACAAAGUAGAAUUUGUGAACAUUGAAGAUGCCUUACUUGAGAAUAGCAUAAGUCAAUUAGAUUAUGAUUUGUUAUCUGUAAAUUUACGUAUGGAUGCUACAUUUGUUAAAGAAAAUUUAAACUUUCCUUGGAUUUCAGAGAGUGGUUUUAUAGAAAACAUUCAAAAGAUUAUACAAGAGUUUAAAACAACUCGUGGUUUACUGCCUCUUCGUGUAUGUAUACUUGGUCCUCCAGCAGUAGGCAAAACAACAGUAGCGAAACAGCUAUGUGAGCAUUACAAAAUUCACCACAUCAAGAUUCAAGAUGUUAUUGAAGAAGCAAUCAAAAAUCUUAAAACAAUUGCUGCAAGAGCUGAUAAAAAUGAAGAUGAAACGGAUGAUUUGCAUGCGCAAGAUGCUGAAAAGCUAUUAAGUGACAUAAAUGAGUGCAAAGCUAAGAACAAUGGUCGCUUAGAUGAUGAAUUCAUUAUAAUGUUUUAUAAAGAGAAGUUAUCUUCAAUGCCAUGCCAAAAUCAAGGUUACAUUAUUGAUGGCUACCCAAAAACAAUGGAGCAAGCACAACAGUUAUUUACAGCUGAGGAGGAUCAUGAUGAUUUGAGCGAAAGUCUUACUAAAGAAAUCAAUACACCAGAGUUCCUGAUUGCUUUAAAUGCAUAUGAUGACUUUCUUCGAAGUAGAGUGAUAAAUCUUCCAGAAUCAGUUGUAAGUGGCACUCAUAACACUGAAGAAGAAUGGCAUAGGCGUUUAGCAGAAUAUCGUGCAUUAAACACUGAGGAUGAUUCUGUGUUAAAUUAUUUUGAUGAGUUAGAGAUUCAUCCUGAGUAUAUUGAUGUUACACAAGAUUUCUCAUACUGUAUGAAACAGACAGUGGAAAAAAUCAUUCAAAUUUUGGGCAAACCGCGUAACUAUGGCUUGACAGCAGAAGAAAUUGAAGAAAUAAAAAGAAGAGAACGUGAAAAAUUGGUAGAUGAAUUAUGUCGCAAAGAAAAAGAAAAAGAAAUGUUGGAGGCUGAAGAAGCCAGAGAUCGUGCUAAGAAACUUGAAGAGUGGAGAGCCAAAUUAAAUGUAGUUAAACAACAGGAAGAGGAAAUACUUGAAAUACAGUCAAUCCCUCUUCGCAAUUAUUUGAUGAAACAUGUUAUGCCAACUCUAACAGAAGGUUUAAUUGAAUGCUGCAAGUUGAGACCUGAGGAUCCCGUAGAUUUUUUGUUUUCAGUCGUUUCCCAAAAUUUUUAUGACAACAAAAUGUACUGGCUUCUCUCUUCCAAUUGGUCGCCGUCGGGGAUUUUUUUUUUGAUGCAAAAUAUAUCAGAGGCCGCCUCUUAUUGGAAGUUGGUAGCCAUCGGUAUCCGCCAGAAGAUAUUUUAGAGACAAAUCAUGAUUUGAAGGCCAUCUUCAGUGCUUGCCAACUUCUGCUUUCUAAUUGGAGGUGAAUUUUUUGCAUCAAACUGCCAGACAAGAUAAAAAAGUUUCUAACGUAUUUUUAAAUUAAAAAUGAAAUUUUGGCAAUAAAUCAUAUAAAGCGCAACUUUGAUAACAAUAU